GAUGAUUUCCAAGGGUUUGGAGGGGAAGAAAGGUGACAUAUCCCAGCAAUACACCAAGUGGAAUAAAUCCCAAUUGCUACGAUUUCGCCCCAGAGACCGAAGUCAUGGAGCCGCAAACCUUCCAGCUUCGUUCCCCAAGACUGGUCCUGCGAGGCGCCCUUGACGAGGAUGCGGCCGAGCUGCACAAGGCGUUUAGUGACCCUGAGGUCAUGAGAUACUGGUCCACGCUACCUCACGAGAGCCUGUCGGACACGGAACAAUGGGUGCACGGCAUGACGGAGGCCCCUUGCAACGGCGUGACCGACUUCAUCGUCUGCCUCAGGAGGCCCCGCCUCCGGCCCUCCCAGGACGGAGAUUCCAAAGAUCCUCAGCGAAAUGGCACAGGGGCCGAAACCAAAGACGACGGCAAGCAGCAGGACCAAGGAGGUGAGAUGGAGAAAGACCUCCUGCCGAUCGGCAAGGCCGGCGUCUGGCGCGACAACGAGAUCGGCUUCAUGCUCGCUCGGCCGUACUGGGGGCGGGGCCUGGCGGCCGAGGCGCUGAAGCUCGUGCUCGACUACCUGUUUGCGGGCCACGGCGAUGUCGGGAGGGAACAGCUGAUUGUCGCCGACGUGGAUCCGCGCAACGCUGCGUCGCUGGCGCUGCUGAAGAAACUAGGCUUCGAGGAGUAUGACUUCCGGGAGAAGACGUUUCAGGUCGGGGGGCAGUGGGUCGACAGCACGUACUUGCGGUUGACAGGGGAGUCAUGGGCAGAUCAUACUUGCUUAUCAAUGUAAAGUAGAAAGUGAUAGUGCUAGCGCUCAACAAAGCCAAGUUGAAAAGGGCAGUUAGCUAGCUAUUUACAGGGUAACGCUGCCUGGGUACACGAGAAACCAUUUGGGAAGACCUUUAUAACAUGGAACUAAUUGCGUUAAA